AGGACGAGGCCUCGGCGGCCGGUGCCAACGCCUCGCGCGCGGCGGCGGACGCCAGUGCGGCACGGCCCACCGACACCAGCAAGCGCGCAGCAGCGGAGGCGGGUGCGGCAGCGGGCGCAGGAGAGGCGCAGCUGUCCAACACGACGGAGCCUGCCGCCACGACGCAGCCUGGCACCACGGCGCAGCUGUCCAACACGACGAGGCCUGCCACCACGGCGCAGCCUGGCACCACGGCGCAGCCCACAGACGUCGACGCCGACGUGGCAACGGACACCAAGAAGGCGCAGACAUCCACCACGACGCAGCCCGCCGCCACGACGCAGCCCGCCGACACGACGCAGCCCAGCAACAAGACGCAGCCCGCAAACACGACGCAGUCCACCAACAAGACGCAGCCCGCAGAGACGACGCAGCCCACAGAAGCCGACGCCAGUGCUGCAGCGGGCGCAGACGAGGCGCAGAUUUCCAACGUGACGCAGCCCGACAAUACAACGCAGCUUACCGACAAGACGCAGCCUGCAGACAUAACGCAGCCCAGCAACAAGACGCAGCCCGCAAACACAACGCAGCCCACCAACGAGGCGCAGUCUGCAAAAACGGCGCAGCCCACAGCAGACGCCAGCAAGAAGCAGCAGACCAACGCGACGCAGCUCACUGACGACGCCAACGCCGACACGAAAAGCAAUACGACACAACCCUCCAUUGUCACGACGAACUCGUCUGCGAAGGCCCAGUGCGUGCCGUUCGACGACGAUGCUUGCCUCCAGGAAGCCAAGUCCUGGGGGAAGAAAUACACCUGUGGACUUUCGCUGCAAUGGUGCGUGUCAUGGGCAAAGGACAUGCAGCGCUGCUGCUCACUGUCUUGCGGCACCGCGUACCUCACAGAGGAGGCAUGCGAUGCCGACGACGCAAACGGCAGCUGCGUGUACCCGGACGAUGGGAGCGAUGGCUGCCCUAUGGAGGCUUCGAGCUACAAUGAAGCCAUUCGUUCGUACGUCAGUCCCCGCUCCACUGUCAUUCCAUAUCUCUCUCAUCUCUCGCUCUCUAUUCCUCUCUCUCUCUCUUACAUACCAUUGUUCUCUUCGAGGUGGGGGUCUUCGCUGCACAGACCAUUCGUCGAAAGUAUGCACCUUGCGACUUCCAUAUCCUUGUGUACUUCACGCGCCUCCUCCUGGUCCCGCACCUUCUGAGACGCCGAGACGUGAAGGCGUGAAGUUCGGUAAUUACCGAGGUCGCCCUCCCUGCUCCUCUUCCUGACCCUCCUCCUGGCUCUCCUGGUCCUCUCCCUGCCCCUCCUGGCCCUCCCUGUCGCCCUCCUGGCCCUCCUCCCGCUCCUCAGUCUAUCGAGGGGGCCUCCUUCUGCCUUCCUCCCUCGAGGGCGGGCCGAGACCCAGCACGAUGGCGUCUGCCGUCGGCACCGUCCUCGGCUCCCCUCGAUCUUCACGCACGAGGAUCGAGGAGGAUCGAGGACCCUCGACCCUCGAUCCAGGAGGACCGAGGAUCGAGGGCCUCGUGCUUCCAUCUGCGUCUUCCGAGCGGCCUGCAGUGUCCAGAGGGUGCGCCAGGGGACCCGAGCAGGGCAGGCCCAGGAUGAAGGCAAGUCGCUC